GUCUCCGGUCUAUCUGACAUGUUUUACUGCAGAGCGGUUCACACCGAGAGUUCCGUUAACAACAACAGCCUCAGAGGAGUCUGGAGCUGUAGGAAGAUAUCACCAUGGCUACUAACGCCAGCAUGUGCUGCCGCCUGUUUGACAGACACAAGAAUGUGACACAUUUCAGAAAAGUCCUCGUACAGUGCGUUAAUGGAAACAUUCAGAGACUCUAUUCCAGUGCUACGCACAAGGAAAAUGAACUUGCACUUGGAGACUCGACUUCAGCUGCUGCCAACUUCGCCGCUUCUCCGAAAACCAGGUCAAGACAGGAGAGGCUCAGAGACCACAGCAUACCCUUUUCAGCAUUCUUGACUGACAACUUUGGCCGGAGACACAGCUACCUGCGCAUCUCCCUGACCGAGAAAUGCAACCUGCGCUGUCAGUACUGCAUGCCAGAGGAGGGGGUGAAGCUGACGCCACGGGGCCAGCUGCUGUCCACCUCGGAGGUACUGACCCUGGCCCGCCUCUUCGUCCAGGAGGGGGUGGACAAAAUCCGCCUGACUGGAGGAGAGCCCCUCAUCAGACCUGAUGUGCUGGAUAUCAUUGCAGAAUUGAGGAAGUUGGAGGGUCUGAAAACCAUCGCCGUAACGACUAAUGGCAUGAACCUGGCCAGGCUUCUGCCUAAGCUGAAAGAUGCCGGCCUCGACCUGAUUAACAUCAGCCUGGAUUCACUGGUCCCUGCCAAAUUUGAGUUCAUUGUUAGGCGGAAAGGGUUCCACAAGGUCAUGGAGGGCAUUGAUAAGGCCAUCGAAAUGGGUUACAACCCUGUCAAGGUCAACUGUGUGGUCAUGCGAGGCCUCAAUGAAGACGAGCUGCUAGACUUUGUGGCGCUGACAGAGAAGAAGCCUCUGCAGGUGCGCUUCAUCGAAUACAUGCCCUUCGAUGGCAACAAGUGGAACUUUAAGAAGAUGGUGAGCUACCAGGAGAUGUUGGACCACAUCAAGCAGCAGUGGCCCCACCUAGAAAUGCUUCAAACUGGACACACAGACACAGCCAAGACUUUUAAAGUGCCAGGCUUCAAAGGUCAAGUGGGCUUCAUCACCUCCAUGUCUGACCAUUUCUGUGGCUCCUGCAACCGCUUACGCAUCACUGCAGACGGCAACCUCAAGGUGUGUUUGUUCGGUAACUCAGAGGUGUCCCUCAGGGAUGUCUUGCGCUCCGGGGCAUCAGAUGAAGAGCUGCUGCAAAUCAUCGGGGCUGCUGUGGGCAGGAAGAAGAAACAACAUGCAGGCAUGUUCAGCAUCUCCCAAAUGAAGAACAGGCCUAUGAUCCUCAUUGGCGCCACAUGCCAAAGGCCUUUGUCUUCUCUGCCAAAGUCGCAAGACAGUCAGAGGGCUCUCCCCAUUGUUUCCCAGCUUACAAACAACACAUUCCUCUCUCCAACAACAGCACCUCUCAUGUGCCAUUCAGGCAGCAGGAGAGUCCUAAACAGAGAGGGUGUUUUGUGCCUUCCAGACUGCACUGCUUCAACACAGGCAGCCCCUGUUUGCUGCUCUAGAACUUUAAAGAGUGGGGUUACCCAUCUUCAGUCACAUAUCAGCAAAGAGAAACCUAAUGAGAUGGAAAACCUCCACCAUGUAGCCUCCCAUCACUCUUCUGAGUUUGAUAGUAGUCUAACUUUCCCCAGUUGUCACACUAAGACUGUACGUUAUGCUACACGCUCAAAUGUCAUGAGCUAUGUUAAAGAAGACUGUCUCAGGUACGCACAAACCAGGGGUCCUAAUGCUCUGAAGAGCCACUUACUAAGGACCCCAGGAACACCUAGCUUUUGCACACAACUAAUGAAUGCCAAAAUAAAUCUUAAUCACCACAGUGUUAGACAGUGUCACAAUCAAACUUCCAGCGAAGACCCCGGUGUCAAACUCAGACAAUCUGCGAGAGAUCAGACCAAGUCAGGCUCAAGUGCCUGCAACCCUCACCUAGAUGACACCACCGAAGCCCAGCUGACACACACAGACGCCCAAGGCCGAGCCACCAUGGUGGAUGUUGGCGGGAAACUUCCCACACGCCGAGCAGCCACAGCCUGCGCCACCGUCAUCUUGGGCCCCACUGCCUUCCGGCUGCUUCGGGAUAACCAGCUGGUUAAGGGCGACGCGUUGGCUGUGGCGCAGUUGGCCGGCAUCAUGGCUUCCAAGCAGACCUCAGCCCUCAUCCCGCUCUGCCACCCGCUCCCCUUAGACCACGCCUCAGUCACCUUUGACCUGGACGAGCUGCAGAACGCAGCAGUCAUCACAGCAUCGUGUCACACCACAGGCAGGACAGGAGUUGAGAUGGAGGCUUUGACAGCCGUUUCUGUAGCAGCGCUGACUCUCUAUGACAUGUGCAAGGCUGUGAGCCAUGACAUCAUCAUUACGGACAUAAAGCUGGUCAGUAAGACCGGCGGAAAGAGGGACUUUCAUCGUCAGUCUUGACCUCCUCCCCUACCAAUAAAUCCAACACAGAAAAAACUGAAUGAAUGAAUUGUAAGCAGCACGCAGACUGUGCCAAGUUUCACCAGAAUUAUCAUAUUUUUCUACAAACAAAAAAAAUUACACCAUGAGAAUGAUUUGAAAGAUGUUAUAAUCACAUAACUCAUCCUAAUCCCAUCCUGCCGACCUCUGCCAGGAGUUUACUGGAUUGCUUACUCCAGUGACACUUAAUCCCACACAAUAUGAAUCAUGUUGACUAAACAGUGCCCAUGUUUACUUUGAUUUAGCUUUGCAAAUGAGAAAUGAGAAUUAAUUUCAGUGUCAUACAUUUAUUUCCGGUAAUGUAUAUCUAACAUCAGUGCAACAAGUGCACAGAUGUAGGACUACAGUGUCUCUUUGUGUCUCAAGAGGGUGCUCCAGUAUUAGUCACAAAACAUCCCUGGAAGUGAAGAACAGACUGAGGACAGCCUCAUGUUGCUAACGUUGAAUGUUUGUCCUUUAUCUGAAGAAUUCAAUUUGGAAUGAAGUCCUGGUGCCUGACUUUGAAGCUGGCACAGAAGGAAGCAGCAGCAGCAGCGUAACGAGAGCAGAGGAAUGUACUGUAUGUUUUCAGGUUCUCCCCUCACGUCUUAACUGUGAAACAUCAACUGUACAUAUUCCUCUACUUACCUGCUUUGCAUUGCAGUAAUUAACAGCACUAUGAAUGUUUUAAUAUGAUCAUUCGAAUUUACUUUAAGGUAGACAUUUACUGGCUUUUAUUUAGUUUUUGUUCUAUUCCUUCUACCUCCGUUGUAUUCUGGAAACACUGGAUAUUUGUACGCAUACCAUGGUACAGGUGGAGAGGAUGAUGAGGAUAAUAUCCACCAUUUGUAUAAGGUGCCACCUGUUCAUAUGGUGGCUAAUACACUACACUAGUCUUGGUUGUUGUUUUUUCUCCCUGCUUUCCCCCCAGAAUAAACUUGAUUGUGUCAAA